AAUAGCCACCGCUGCAUUGUACGGCUGCUGAUGCUGAGGGGAAACGCAGAGGAGGGAAAAAAAGGAAAAUGUAAGGCUAUGGAUACGGAUUUGAGGUUAGCAGGCCUCGGUUCGUCUCCAGGACGUAAUUUUCGGUGUUCUGUCUGCCAGAGCAAUGAGGAAAAGACGAAAUUGGAAAACUCAUUUUAAUGUUUGGCGAAGUGAGAGUAUUUGAGGACUUGUAGCACUCGAUCCAAUGGCAAAGAAAGGGCGCCCUAAGGGCGAAAAGCCUGAAGCCCUCAUCUCUGCCUUACAGGCAGCCAAUGAAGAUCUCAGGUCCAAACUGACUGACAUUCAAAUUGAGCUGCACCAAGAAAAAUGCAAGGUGAACAAGCUGGAAAGAGACAAGGUGCAGGAAAGCAAACGCAUUCGUGAACAGGAGCAACAUCGACACACAGCAGCACUAACCGAGCAGCGGGCACGAUGGCACGAAGAGAAACUCAAGGAGCUAGCUGCACUACGCGAGUCGCUCACACGGCAGCACGAGCAGGAGCUGGCACGCACAGCUAAGAUCAAAGAUGGCGAGAUCCAGCGACUGCGUACGGCACUCAGUGCCCUGCGUGAUGGCAGUGGGGAAAAGGUGCGGACAGCCCUAACACUGGAGGCCCGAGAGGAAGCGCGGCGCUUCUUCGACCACGAGCGCGUCAAACUAGUACAGGAGAUAGCCGAGCUGAAGGCAUCCAAGCGACAGACAGAUGAGGCUCUCAGCACAAUGAUCCAGGCUGACAAGAUGAAGGCUGGUGACCUGCGCACUGAGCACCAAGCACACCAGGAACAGAUCAGCAAGAUCAAGUGGGACUGUGAACGAGAUAUUCGACGACUGGUGGAUGAAAUUAAAGCGAAGGACAGAACAAUUUUCUCCCUGGAGAAAGAGUUGGAGACUACGACAGGAUUCCUGCAGAAGUUGCAGCUUCAGAAGGAUGCACUAGAUGAGCAGCUUUUCCUUGUGAAGGAGGCAGAGUGUAACCUGGGCAGCCCUAAAAGAGAGAUCCCAGGACGAGCUGGUGAUGGGGCAGAGCACUGUGGGAGCCCAGAUAUGAGGAGGAACCAGAGACGCAUUGCUGAACUAAACUCCAGCAUCCGCAAGCUAGAGGACCGUAAUGCACUACUGGUUGAAGAAAGAAAUGAGUUGCUAAAGCGAGUGCGAGAGACAGAGAAACAAUGUAAGCCACUGCUGGAAAAGAACAAACUGUUGAAUAAGAAGAAUGAUGAGCUUACUCAAUCUCUCCAGCGCGUGGAAGAGAAGCUCAAGAGCCUGACCAAGGAGAACCUAGAGAUGAAAGAGAAAAUUAGUUCUCAUCCACCACUAAAGAAGCUCAAGUCCUUGAAUGACUUGGACCAGGCUCAAGAUGACCAAGAGAUUGAAUUCCUCAAACUGCAGGUUCUAGAGCAGCAGAGCAUGAUUGACGAGCUGACCAGAGAUAGAGAAAAGCUACUUCGGAAAAAGCGUCAUAAACGAAGCAGACCUAUCAAGAGGCAUAUUGUUGUGGACACAUUCUUUGGGUAUGAUGAGGAGUCAAUGGACUCUGAGACCUCCUCUGUAGCUUCUUUACGAAUGGAUCGAACUCCAGCAACACCAGAUGAGGACUUAGAUGAGGGGCUGGCUGCUGAGGAGUCAGAGCUGCGGUUCAGACAGCUGACACGGGAGUACCAAGCCCUGCAGAGAGCCUAUGCCCUGCUGCAGGAGCAGAAGGGGGGUGUUCUGGAUGCCGAGAUGGAGGCCAAGGCUCAUGAACAGCUCCAUGCUGAUGUGCAGAGAUACAAGGCCAAAAUCGAAGACCUAGAGAAAGAGCUCACACUCAAAGGACAAGACUCAAAAUGGGUAGAGGAGAAGCAGUUGUUCCUCAGGCGCAAUCAGGAGCUCCUGGAGAAGGUGGAGAAGAUUGAUGGCGAGAAUGCACGUCUGCAGCAAGAACUACAGGACUCUAAAGACCAGAAUGAGCUUCUCGAGUUUCGCAUACUUGAACUUGAGGAGCGAGAAAGGAGGUCCCCACCAUUUACACUUACGAUCCACCCUUUCUCUGAGGGAGUGAGUGCACUCCAGAUCUACUGUAUUAAGGAAGGAGUAAAGGAUGUGUGUAUACCUGAUCUCAUCAAACUGUUAGAUAUUCUAGGAGAUAACGGGAAUUUAAGGAAUGAAGAACAGGUGGCCAUCAUCCAAGCAAGCACUGUCCUGUCUCUAGCUGAGAAAUGGAUCCAGCAGAUUGAGGGCACAGAAGCAGCACUCCAUCAGAAGAUGAUGGACUUGGAGCUGGAGAUGGAGAUGUUCUGUAAGCAAAAAGGGUAUUUGGAGGAGGAGCUUGACUACAGGAAGCAGGCUUUGGAUCAGGCUUACAUGCAAAUCCAAGAGCUAGAAGCAACCCUGUACAAUGCACUCCAGCAAGAUAAGGUAAUAAAGUAUGGUGAGCCACUGAGUGAGCUGCAGAGGGAUGAGCUGCGAACAGCUGUGGAGAAGCUACGGCGGCAGAUGCUGAGGAAGAGUCGCGAAUAUGACUGCCAGGUGCUGCAGGAGAGGAUGGAACUCCUCCAUCAAGCCCAACAGAGAAUAAGAGACUUGGAAGAUAAAACAGACAUCCAGAGAAGGCAGAUUAAGGAUCUGGAGGAGAAGUUUUUAUUUCUGUUUCUAUUCUUUUCUCUCGCCUUUAUCCUUUGGCCUUGAUGUCUGUGACAUCUCUUGCUGCAGAGGCUCUGUGGCAACCCAGAUGUCUUACAAGCAACUGCAGUUUACCACUUGCGAAGGCUAAAACUGUAUUAGUGGCCAUUUUUUGUGCGUGUAUGGGUGGACGUGGGAAAUGUAGUGCUAUGGUAAUGGAUUAUAGACACCUUUUUUUUUCUCUGAAGCUCAUCAGCAAUGAUGUACUGGAUUAACCCUUCAGAUGGAUCUGAAAUCUGCAGAUUACCUAGUAAAAUAACACAUUCACAUACAAACACAUACACAAAGAUACAGUACAAAAGUUUUAGGCACCUUAGAAAAAUUUGAAUAAAACUGUUUAUCUGGGUGUUUAUUUGCUCUGAAAAAAAAAACAAAUCAAUACAAAUUAACGUUAAUAUCAUAAGUUGUGAUUUUACAUAUGCCAAUGUGUUUGUUUAACAAUUUCUAAACCGCUCCUGGUGGGACCCCAGUAUUAAUUGUAGUUAUUAUCCAACAUCUGAUGUGGUGGUGAUGGAAUUUAACAAAUCCAUGUGAUCUGUUGGGGCAUCCAGGAGAAAUCUGGAAAAAACUUUGUUUUUCUAACUUGCACACAAAAUCCUUGUUACUUUUUACUCUGUACAUGUUUAUUUGCAUCUGUGUUCAUGAAAUAUGGUGCUUUUACAGGCACAAACACUCUUGCUGCCAAGAUACAUGGUUUUAAACAAUGUGCUUUGGUACCUAAGACUUUUGCACAGUACUGUUUAUACAGUUAUAUGCAAACGUUUGGGCAUGCCUGGUCAAAUGACAUGUAUUUUCUAAAUGAAAAUAAGUUCACACAUCCUAUCAGUAUUGAUAGGCCUACUGACAUCCUUUACAGAUAACACACUACUGCACAUUUUAAUGCACAGUUACUGCUUAAUUGCCGAGUUCAAGGUAUUGGGAAAAAAUGAAACAUGAAAUGUGGUCUAUGCAAAUAUUAUUGCACAUUUUAUAUUUUAUGUUUCGUUGAAACUCAGCAAAUACAUAGAAAGUGUGUGCUACGCUUUGUAGAAAAAUGCCAGUUAAGUUUGUUCUCUGUAGAGGAUGUGGUACCUUUUUUUUUUACUUAGAAAAUAAUGUAAUUUGGCCAGGAAUUUUAAAGAUUUUGCAUAAAACUGUAGCAUAUGAAAUGUAUGAAAAUGUAUGAAAUAUACACAUAAACACAAACUGCAUCAACAAAUUACAGGCAAAGCGAACCAAAGUCUGGAGGAUUUUACUGUUUAUCUCUGCCAUGCAGGGGAUUUGCCAUGCCACCUGCCAGCACCUGCCUACUGCAUCUAUCGCAGCCUAAUGCCGUCUUUCAUCAGACUACCAGUCAGAACGUGUCACUUUUUGUCUCUCUCUUUCUCUCCCAUACACAUACACACACAUACAGAAAAGUGGAAUGGACACACUAACUCACAUACACACAAAGGAGCUCUAAGACAAGACUCAGGGCCUGUGAGCAGAUGGACAGCCUUGUCUUUGCUGUCAGGAGCACUUUGGGGAGGCGUCUCUCACACUGCCUGAAACUAGAUCGAAGACAAAGAGUGAUCAAAUGCAACCGUCAACUGCUAGCCCAUCACUUUGCAAGCGGUCCAACCUCCAAAAGACUCCUCAUGCUGUCGGUUCACUCCCAGAUAUUAACGCAACUCAGUGAACUUCAAACUGUAUAGUUUUAUUAUUUUUAUUACUAUUAUUAUUAUCAUCAUUGUCCCCAUGAGCCUUUAUGUACCACCACUUUCCUGUUAAUAAUCGAGAGUACCCUUCAAUUAUUGCUGUGAAAUAUAUGUUUAUUAAUAUGUACGUGUUGGGAUGAUCUCCUCUACAUCAUCUUUCUCCCACUAUAAAUACUCCUUUCUCUGCAGCUUGAGCAGUAGCAUCUCUCUGCAGUUUAUCAUUUAUUGAGGACUAUAAAUUGCACCGUUUAUUGUGGUGACAGCUGCAAUGAAGAAAAAAAAAAAAGAUCUCAGAUUCCCAGGUCUGCUGAUGUGGCAGAUGUAUCUUCUUCUUCCUGCCUGUAAUAUGAAUCCAUCUUUUUUACUCUUUUAAAGAGAACCAACAGUAGCUUACUGGCAGGAAUUUCUCUUAAUCAUUUGUAUGGAAUGAUCUUUCCAGCUACCCUUUAAAUCUGCUGUAAUUUGCUUGUAAAUACAUCUCUGGACGUUCAACACCUGCAAUGGGAUUGAGCUGAUUUAAUUUCAUUAAAGUCUAAAUACCUCUUCAGCUAA